AUGGCUCUGGCAAGUGUAAGUGUCUACGAGCUCAGCCGCCUAUCGUCCAACUUUGGUCCGCCGACCGCGGCGGCCGUCCGCCGGCGGUCAAACUCCACGAAAGUUCGACGGAAAGCCGAUGAAUCAUUGGAAAGGAGAAGAAAAAGCCACAAUAUCCCAAAUCAAGACCGUAUCACUAUCACCUACCUUGGACGUCCCAAAAGUCCAAAUUUCGAAAAUUCAAAAUUUCUGAAAAAUCGAAAACCCUCGCCUACAGUAAUCAAAAAGGUCCCAUCCACGUCAUCAAUCUCAACGACGCCUUCUAGUCCGACUAAGAAGACUUCUGGAGUCAGAAAGAUUCAGAAGACGUCGGGCUCGACGUCUUCGGAAUCUACGGGGACGUCUUCCGGAGAAUGGAUGGAUUGCAUUGAGAUGGUCAAUGAGAUUGGAGCAGUGGCAAAGAAGGAGAAUCGGAGUGAGGGGGAUUCAGAAAUUCAGAAAUUCAGAAAUUGA